UAAGAAGCAAAAAGAUUAGAACAGCCUGUUCGAACAGUAAACUCGUUCAGAAAUGGAAAGAUGAGAUGAGAAGAACAUCCUUCAAAAUUUCCCAUCAAAAUAUAUUCCUUCACUCUUUCCACCUUCUUCUAUUUUGUCUCCCUUUACAUUCCUUCAGAUUUAUUUGCUCGAUUUUAUUACAUACAUACACUUUCUGUAAGAGAAGAAAUGUCUGAAGACAAGAAGUACGUGGAGCACUGUAAGGGCGUUAAUGGCCUCGACAAGGUCAUCUUGCGUGAGGUUCGCGGCCAUUCUGCCGAGGUCUACUUGUAUGGAGGUCAAGUUACAUCUUGGAAGAAUGAACAUCGGGAAGAAUUGCUUUUUGUUAGUAGCAAGGCUAUAUUUAAGCCUCCAAAGGCUAUCCGUGGAGGUAUCCCAUUAUGCUUUCCUCAAUUUGGUAUUGGUGCUCUUGAACGUCAUGGAUUUGCAAGGAACAGAUUUUGGAGUAUUGAUAAUGAUCCCCCUCCUUUUCCAACAAAUACUUCCAACAAAGCAUUCAUUGACUUGAUACUUAAGCAUUCUGAAGAAGAUGCAAAAAUCUGGCCUCACAGAUAUGAGUUUCGUCUAAGGAUAACUCUGGGGCCUGGAGGAGAUUUGAUGUUGACCUCACGAAUUCGAAAUACAAACACUGAUGGGAAGUCGUUCACCUUUACGUUUGCCUAUCACAACAAUCUUUAUGUUACUGAUAUCAGUGAAGUGCGUGUAGAAGGACUUGAAACGCUGGAUUACCUGGAUAACUUAAAGGAUAGAGAGCGAUUCACUGAACAAGGGGAUGCAAUCACAUUUGAAUCAGAAGUAGAUAAAUUAUACCUCAGCACACCUACUAAAAUUGCUGUUCUGGACCACGAAAGGAAAAGAACAUUUGUAUUGCGGAAAGAUGGACUUCCUGAUGCAGUGGUCUGGAAUCCCUGGGAUAAGAAAGCAAAGGCAAUGCCUGAUUUUGGUGAUGAUGACUACAAGCAUAUGCUUUGUGUACAGGCUGCUUGUUUAGAAAACCCCAUUACUUUGAAACCUGGUGAAGAGUGGAAAGGAAGGCAGGAGCUGUCUGUAGUUCCCUCCAGUUACUGCAGUGGACAACUUGAUCCACAAAAAGCACUAAAUGUUUAGAAGAUUGGGCCACUGUGAUGCAUCUCUUUUACAGCGCAGGCGCUCUUUUCGACAUUGUGUAUUUGGUGCUCUCAGAUGAUUCUUGCCAAGAUUUUUAUAAGGCGAAGUUCAGGAGGAAAAAGUAAGAGAUGAUUCAGUGUAAAGAGAUUUAUAACUUCUCUACUUCAGAGAAGAAUGGAAGGACAACUUCAUUGAUUCCCACCCACCCAAACACCUCCUUUUCCUUCUCCCUUUCUCUAUCUCAUUUUUUUUUAUUACUUUUUUCUUUUUUAUUUGUCUCUCUCUCUCCCUCUUAAUUCUUGAGCUUCUCUCUGUUUUCUUUCUUUCAUUGUAUUAUUAUGAUUAUUAUCAUCAUUUCUUUGGAUAGCCAAAGAGGUUUUAACUCUUUAA